GGUGGGGAAGCAGGUAUAUCGGGUCCUGAUCAUCGAGGAAGAAGCAGCUGCAGAAUAGACUGUGCCCCCCUGCUGUGCGCUGCCAUGACACUGCUGUGGCUCUGGGUAGCAUUAAUUCCUCUUUCCGAGGUGCUGGGUAGCAGUUCAGCCAUAGCAGUAAGGAACUCAGUGUGCUGCCUGCCCGGAUGGUUAUCUAACUCUCAAGAGAAUUGUGCAGUCCACACCAAGCACAAGGAGGGGGGAAAAGAAGAAUUAGGAGGAGAGGGAAGUGGAAUAGAGAAUUCGGGUUUCAGAGUUUGAUAAUUAACUAUUAACAUUCCUUAAGUGUGUUUGUUCUACACAGUGAAUGUGCAGGAGGGGAGAAGGGGAUGUUACAAAGAGUGGCUGGGAGGUGACAGAGCAGCUGCUGCGGUGUUGGCAUGCCAUGGCCCUGUUGUGCCUGGGCUCCGGGCUGCCUGCCGGCAGUUGUCUUAGGCAGACUCCAUGCAUUAGCAGAAGAUGGAGCUGUGUCAGCCUGUAGCAAGUUUUUGUUCUUGCUGCUGACUCUUCCUGGGUGCUGUGGGACACACAAACUCAGAAGACAGAGCAUUGUUUGGGUUGCCAUUGCUACAGUCACCAGUUCCUCCCUGAGAGUUUGAGCCAAUGACUUGCUGAGAGUUUGUUGAGGAGUAGCAGGAGAGGAAGCAACAGUAUCUUUUAAACCCUCAGGGGUUUGUUUUUGUUGUUUGUUUGUUAGUUUGGGGCUUGGGUUUUUUCUUUUAUUGAAGAUUGCAGUCGACACAAAACACUGCAGAUUAAUGUUCUGACUUCUUUGUAAAACUAGUGCUUUCUGCCGUGUAGGCUUGAAAGGCUUUGAGCUCUGUUUGCUGUUUUGAACUCUUUGUUAGCAGGUUUACAGCCCAGAGAACUUGCAUAAGCAGCAAUCACGUGGGCCUGCUGUGGUCUGAGGUACUGCAGGAAGAAAACCAGGUUCCUUACAAAGAGAUCUUAUCUAGUUACCCGUCUUGUUGUAGUUUUCAGCUUUAUUCCCUGGUGCUGCAAUACACCACGAGCAAUUACACCCAAAGGACACCUGAAUGAUGCCACUGGCUCCAGCUGCUGAGGAAGUGGUUAACUUCAGUGUAUGAAUGCAGAGAGCUGUUUGCUCACUUUGGUCCAAAGCCUCUGCAGUCAACGGGAGGGUUCUAUUCCAGAGGACCAUUUCCAGCUUAGGUGAUGCUUUGAAAACUUCUCUAACAGAAGGUUGAAUACUACUUUUUUUUUUUUUUGACAAAGCCAUUCCCAUUUACAGUUAUUGAGAAGUGGUCUUCUCUGUUACUUGUGCUCUGCUGCAGAAGGCCAUCUAAUUUUGGUACUAAUUUUGAGACUUCAGUGUAUCUUGUAAAUCUAGGAAUGGAAAGUUAAGUACGUCUUAAUUUCCUUCUUAAAUAAUUCAAGUCUUUCUUAUAUGUGUGUCCUCUUCAUUGACCUUAAUAUCAUCAUCACCCUAAGCUGUAAGGUAGGUAGAGGUGAGGAAUGUCCUGUGCAGGAGCCUGGGCUGUCUGAAGACACUCCAUUCUACUGUUAUGUUUAUCAUGGGAAGGCAGGCAUCAAACUGCGUUUCAAAAAUUGAAUUGGAGUUGAUUUCAUCUCAUAAGAUCAGAACAUACGUUGAAGUACUUGGGAUAGUCCAGAAUGUUCCUUUUAGCUGUGAAUCAACUUCUGUUUCAUUGGAAGUAGCAAAGAAAAAUUAUCUGCUUCAUUUUCGUUUGAGUAAGAUAUCAAAAGGCAGGUUGAAUUUGUCUGCUCCUUUAGCUUGUCAAUGCUGAGCCUUAGUUCUGAUACUGAGGCCCUUUUUUCAUUUUAUAUUGUGUCUCCUAAGAAAGUUCUCCCUUUUUUGUAUCCUUUCAGGCAGAAUUAUAUUGCCUAAAAUGCCUCCUAAGGAAUUUGCUUACCAAAAAACGCAAUUACAGAAUUGCUCCCCUCUGAUUGUGACAGAGUUUAUUGAAUCCUCUACAGUUUUUUCAGUGCUCCUAAAAGCAAAAUGUACAUGGUUUUUUUUUUCCUGAAAGCAUCACAUUCCCUGUACUUGGAAGUUGAUGUUUUCAGUACAAGAGAGAUUUUGUAAGAGGAAAAAAAAAAAGAGUAAUUACUGAAGAGUAAUUAGAGAAAAGUAACCUGAGGGGAAAGAAGUUCUACUUACUCAUCAGUUGAGUGCCAUUAGCCAUGCAAAAAGUGAAAAAUAAUUUCCAUUGAAUGGGAAGAGUUGCACGUUUGUGUGGUCCGUCCGUAUCACAGCCAGACCUAGCUGCAGCAUCACAUUCAGGAGGGGUCAAAUACAUCCCGACUCACACUGAGCUGAAUCAGAAAAUGAACACAGAUCCCUCUGCAGUUGGAGGAGCUGCUCUUUCUGUGCAGACUCAGCUUUGAGGCUGCAGCUUUUUGAGGUGCUGCGCUGCCUGGCUGCUCCUUGGCCUUCCUCUAGGCAACAAAAAUGCAUUUAAUAUGUACGGCACGUAAGUUUGCACAGUGAGAGAAAGGCGGUGGUGUCACUGUGUGCAGGGCUGGUGUGCACUGCUGGAGGGGAGCAAGGCAUGGAUGGUUGGAGAAGGAGCCCUCUGCUUUUCGUUCUGACUUUUCCUGGAACAUCUGAAAUAGGAAGAGUUUUUUCCUAGAAUAGCAGGAAAUGGGCCUGGCUUACUAAAAGAAACGUGGUAAACUCUUCAAAAAUUAUGUUGCAAUUUUGAGUUCAUUUUACCACAUUCUGAGUUAAAAUUUAAAGAGGGUUAACAAGCAGCUCUUUGAACUUCAACCUUCAGGUUGACUGCAGCCUCAUGAGUGAAUUAUAGUUAACAAAUACAGUAUGCUGUUGUAUUUUCUAAGCAAAUACAUCAAUAAUAUGUGAUAGUCAUCAAACCAGUUUUGCAAAGUGAAUUGUGCCUGAAAAGCAACAAGCUGCAGUUAAAGGCGUGACCUACGUGUGGCUCAGAGAUUUUCCCAGGAGUCAAAACCAGCAGGACUCUUUUCACAUGACCCUAGCCUACAAUGUAGUUAUUUUUGCAGGAAAACCACUACUUUAGAAGUAUCAGCUGCUACUUUCACACUGUACAGAAUUGGGCAGCUGUAUAUGAUAAGCAAGCACAGCCAUGAGCAGAGUGACCGAGGUGAAGGUGUCGAAGUGGUGCAGAAUGAACCUUACGAGGAUCCAAACCAUGGCAAUGGUCAGCUAACAGAGAAACGUGUCUAUCUCAACAGCAAACUACCUAGCUGGGCUAGAGCAGUCGUUCCCAAAAUAUUUUAUGUUACAGAGAAGGCCUGGAAUUAUUAUCCUUAUACAAUCACAGAAUACACGUGUUCAUUUUUGCCUAAAUUCUCCAUUCACAUAGAGACAAAGUAUGAGGACAACAAAGGAAGCAAUGACAGCAUUUUUGACAAUGAAGCCAAAGAUCUGGAACGAGAAGUCUGCUUCAUUGAUAUUGCCAGUGAUGAAAUUCCUGAGCGCUAUUACAAGGAAUCAGAGGAUCCUAAAUAUUUCAAGUCACAGAAGACUGGGAGAGGCCAGUUAAAAGAAGGCUGGAGAGACACCCAUCAGCCAAUUAUGUGUUCCUACAAACUUGUGACUGUGAAAUUUGAAGUCUGGGGACUUCAAACCAGGGUAGAACAAUUUGUACACAAGGUGGUCAGAGAUAUACUCCUGAUUGGUCACCGACAGGCUUUUGCCUGGGUUGAUGAGUGGUAUGACAUGACGAUGGAUGAAGUCCGAGAGUUUGAACGAGCAACUCAGGAAGCUACCAACAAGAAAAUUGGCAUUUUCCCACCUGAAAUAUCUAUCUCUAACAUUUCCAUGCCUUCUUCAACCCGCAGUGCUCCAUCUAGUGCUCCAUCAACUCCUCUCUCUACAGAUGCUCCUGACUUCCUAACAGUUCCCAAAGACCGGCCUCGGAAAAAGUCUGCACCAGAAACCCUCACUCUUCCAGAUCCAGAGAAAAAGAAAAAUUAAAUUAACCCAGCAUGAUUCCUCCUGAUAAGCCAUGUUUACCACAGCAAGAAUAACAUAUUGUAGUUUCUAGGAAGAUCAUGGUGGUUCAUUGGUUGUUGAUGUUUGGAUUUUUUUGCUUAAAAUAAUUUUACUGUUGUGGAAAGACUGUUUCUUUCCUCAGACUUGAUCCUCAUAAUCUUCAGAGAAGUGCAUGCAAGAGAACAUAGUUUAUAUAUCUAAAGUAGUGUUCCAAGCCAUAUGGUACAUCUUACUGAGAUACGAUGAAGUCGUCUGAGGGGAACCCUAUAAAAGAAAAUCUUUCUAUAGCAGUAUCUCUAUGUACAAAUCCACAUCUAGGUCAUAGCAUUUAUAUUUAGGAAUAGGUAUUUAGUAAAGCUGCCAAGGACUUCUGAGGCAAAUCUGUGCCAACCAGAAUGCAGGGUUAACAGGAAAAAAAAGCUCCCGUUUUCUUCUUUUUUAACUGAUUUUAAAAUCCUUCCUGUUCUCAGGCUUCCCAUGUGUAUUCAUAAACCUUUGACCUGCAACUCAUUGUACUUGAACACCAGUAACAAUCACUCAGAAUCAUAUCGUGCUUAAUACGACUCAGGAUUUGGGGCAUAGCUAACAAAAAUGAAACUUUUCAAACCUAAAAUAUCACUGUAUGAAGCCCCAAUUGUAAUUAAUUAUACUGACUUUGAGGCCAUUUAAGUAUUUCUAUCUUGCACAGAAUUUGUAAAAGAAACCACGUAUUUCUUGUAGAUAAUGUAUUUUAAUAGCUCUCCCCUGUCCUUUUGUGAUAAAAAAGUUCAUAUUGGUGUUCGUCAGUGGUGUUCUGUGUACAAGAUUGGGAUAAAAAGCAGCUAAAUUGAGCCAGUUAAGAAGGAAAACCAAUGAAUUCUGUCUUGUCUGCUCUGGAAGAAGAGUGGUAGUUACCUUGUAAGACCUUGAAUGUAAAGGAAAGAAAAUAUGAGACUCUUUUUUCUUUCCUGCCUCUCAUCUUUCCUAAACAGCACAAUCUCUACUGUCAGAAAGCUGGCUCUAGGUUUUACCACUGUCUCUAGGGCAGGGGUGAAUAAAAUCAAUCACUUGAAAAAGCAAAUGAAUCUUGGGGCUUCUCAGUCCCACAUAGGGUGGCAUUAAGGAAACAGAAGUGCUCCUCCUGGUCUGCAUGUGAAAUCAUUCUUCAAUCUCAGGAAUUAAAAUACAGAAAGGAUGCUUCCCAGUAUGGAAGUGUAGAUUGUGGGGGGAAGAGAAAAUGCAUUUCAGAAGUGUUCUCUUCCUUCAUUUCUUAUCAAAAAGUAAACUCAGUGAAAAACCUUCCCUCUGACCCCCCAUUUGGGGUACUUUGUUCUCUUUCAUACUAAUUGCUAUUUAAUUAAUGUUGUCAGUAUCUAUCUCAAUUGGUAGCUGUAGUAGGCAUUAAAUACGCUGGUGUUCUAUUCCCAGUGAAUGAUAGCUAUUACCUGAAUCGUAUGAUUAAAGUGAGUAAUGUUUUGUACCACUGGUGGUGAUGUACAUGGAUGCAAAUAAGUCCUCCAGAGCUGAACUAUCACUGAAUAUUGAACAAUCAGUUUGGGGAUGGCCUUUUACCUCUACAGGAAGUUUGUGCCAUCUUCUCUGCACAAUGCUAUGAUUUGACUGGCUUAAAUGCACUGAACUUCUCAAUGGCUGUAGAUCCAGUAGGAGUUAUGUUGAAUAUGUGGUAUUUCUAGAGUAGUUGUAGUAGCAGGAAAGGUGAUUCUGCUGUCAACCUGCACUGAAAACGAGUGUAUAUUUGUUUGAUAGUUUAAACCCUGUAGCUAGCAAAAUCCAGAAGCUCUUCGUAGGUUAGCUAUGAUCUGACUUCAUGUAUUUUCCCACUGACUGUCCAUGUUUUAUGUUGUGUUUCCCAGAGGUUGUAAUUCUGUGUAGUUAGUAAACUAACAGGUGAUAAUUUUUUGUUUGAAAAAAGCUACUGUGAUGCUGCAGUCAAAACUUUCCUUUGUUAGUAAAUGAUUUAAUCUUAAAAUUGUGAAAAAUAAUAAUAGUUAUAACUGGUCUAAUAUUUUUAUUAUUUUUUAUUUAGCAGCAUGAUUGAAACAUUGGCUGAGAAGGGAAACUUUGGAAAAGAUAAAGCAUUGAUUUGGAAAAGAUAAAACGUAUCAAAAUAGUUUGGGUCACCUCUGCCUAUUGAUAGUCUUAUUUUUUAAAGAAUUUGUUGUUUGCCCAAGAAGGAAUUGCCCAGCUCUAGUCGUCAUUUCUUUGAGCUUAUGUGUUACUGUUUUUAUAUAAGUUUUGGCAUCUGGGUUUGACACAAAUUAUUAGACCAAAGCAGUCAUAUCUUGUAUUUAACUGAUUCAUUUCUAAUGCCAUGUGGAUAUGUUGAUUAUCAUAUAGGUUUUGGAGAAAAGGCAUGUAUGAUAAUUACAAAGAUGUCUGAAUAGGACACAACUUACCAGCUGCAUGACAAAUACUGUUGGAGAAAGAUGCUGAUCAUGUUAUGAACAAAAUGCCAGACUGCUUAAUGCUGUGCCACCUUUUGCAUGUGCUGCUGCCAUAGCCCUACUACCACACAGUACUGCUUUAUAGGAGUGCCAGAUUUAUUGACCAAACAACUUGAAUUCACAGCUGGCCAGACUGAGGUUCAUGAUUAUCCACAUUACCUCCUUUUUUUCACUAAAGAAGGCAAAUAAAAAGAUGUAGAGUCUCAUUGCUUUGGGUAAGAAAUAUCCUAGGCUUUGCACUGCUUGUGCUUGUAACCUCUGCUGUGUUCUGCUUUGUUUUCCCCAUCAGCCAGCAAUUAACCAGUUUGCCCAGAAGAACUUUAAAUAUCAUCUCUUUUCCUGUGUGUGGUGGUUGUUGGUUUUUUUUGUUUGUUUUGUUUUGUUUUGUUUUGUUUUACAUUUCUAUGUAGGAUCGAAUUUUUCCAGCAAAUAUUCCCAGCAAACACAAAAUCACAAAAAAAUCAAAUCAAAUCAAAUGGAAAGGAAGGUCAGAAUACUUCAGUAACAUCUUCAGACAAAAGGGUUGUUUCCGUUACUGAUUUUAUCACAGUGCUUUCUCUUGUUUUUCCAAACUAUUUAUACGAGGAGAAAAAAUGUAUUUUGCACGUGUUACUGCUUCUUUUGCAUCAAUAAAUUAUGUGGUUAGUGAAUAUGCUCUUAAGAGUAUUUUGGCACACAACAAAGCUGAAGAGGCACAGUAGCUGUGUUCUUAUUCUCUGCCAGGGCGAAGAAUUACAUGAUACAGCUCUGCUAGACUUGUAUCUGCUAGAACAGGAAGUUUUCAGUAAGGAGAAUACAGUUCAGAGCAAAUAAGAUGAUUAGUUUGUUUGGGUUUCUAUUAAAGCCUUCUCCCAGCUUUGCUCCUGUUUCAUAGAGAGCAAUUAAAAUAACUGACAGUUCGUUGCGGUCUUUAGAACAGUAGGUCUCCUAAUAAAUUCAAGAAGGGGGUACCUGUAAAGACAACGAGGAGCAGCACAUUCCUGAAACACAUGCUGAGGGAUUUCUUAUGAAUGUAGUUGUCCGUUUUGUAAAUGACUGGAUAAAUCCUGUGGAAAGAAACUAUUUGACCUUAUUCUUUGGCUUUUUUGAUUAUUCUGGAAGGUGAUUUUGUCACAUCUAGUAGCCAAUUUGCAUUAAUUGCUGCUGUAGAGAAUUUGAAACAGAAAUGUUUGUUCCUUGACUUUUAUUUUGUAACAAGACUGCGAAAUUCGUUAAAACUGCUUUGAAGCUUGCUGCAGUGUAACUUCAGAACAAUGUGUUAGCAUUUGAAAUACGCCAAAUGAGUAUGCUUUUUAAGAGUUAGUGAGCACAGUAAGAGAGAAUUCAUGAUCUUAUCAAUAGGAGCUUUUCUGUUUCCAUUGUUUGGACUUGGUUUUAUAUGUGUAAGUUAAAAUUGCUAAGUAAGUCUAACAAUGUUUUGCUUUAAAUGAACAGCAUGAUCAUUGAAUUACAAUCUCCUGUAGUCUUAUGGUGUCACUUUAAGAAGUUUCAUUGUUUUUAUUUCAUUUCUGUGGUUAUUCCCUUUGACUCUGAAUGUCCGGUAAUUCAUUUCUUUUAUUUAGAACUAUGAUAGCUACAUUAGGCAAUACAUUACUACCAUCAGAGAAGGACCAAGUUUCGAAUUGCUCUGCAUGUUAAAUAAUGCAAGGCUAAGCAGGAGAAUUUGAUUGUCAUAUUUUUCAUCCAUUUUACACAGUUUCUGAUUUUUCCAAGUUAUUUAUUAUUUUUAAUAUUGUAUUUUCCCUCGUGUUUUGUUGUAAAUAAACUGCCAACAACUAUUCUUUACAA